AUGCACAAGAUGACACAGCCCCAGAAGGGGAAGAAGAGGAGGGCAAGGAAGAAGAAGGAUUCAAAUCUUCAAUCACCCAAACCACUACCCGCAAAAAGCUCGAACGAAGAUGCGGAGGGCGAAGAUGGUAUCCAGGCACCAGAGCUAUUGGCAACGGCACCAGUGGAAACAGAGCCAUUGGGAACCGAGUCUGUGGAAACGGAACCUGUGGAUACAGAGCCAGCAGACACAGAGCCCGUGGACGCUGAGCCAAGAGAAACAGAGUUGGCUAUGAACAAUAGCGUAAUCAAUGAUGCCAACAACCUUUCUUGGAACAUCAAUGGUUCCAACGCUUUCACGGUUCCUCCAGCAGAUGGAACUUGGCCACCUAAUGAUGAAUCAAUUGCUGUUGCACCACAACCAAUGAACCCAAUGCUCCAACUCGAUGACAUGGGAAGCUUUCAAGAAGUACCGGAUCUCACUACGGCUAUCCCCAAUAUCAAUUGGCUCUCGGACAGUCAAUUUGCUUCAUUGUGGGAGAAUCAAUUGCCGAUUAUCCCCGAAGGCCUUGGUUCAAUGGCAUACACAUUUCCCUCUGAAUUAAUCGGGCCUAAUUCUGUCUCUUCUUGGGUCCCAGAACAGCCCCUGGACGUCAAUAUGAGCAUCACUGGCCCAAUGGAAACACCAGCCAUCGAACUGGAUCAGACAUACUACCCAACAGUUGUGGAAAGCCCUUACGACGAACAUGCAAGUAGUAUUAACGGUUCGAAUGCAUCAUCCUCAAGCAAUGGAGCCCUCUACGUGGAUGGGACAGCAGCUAGGGCCCCGUUUCGUGGUCAACUACUCCCCCAGCAAACGAACUUACAGAGCACUCGCCCUGAACAGGACCCUCGCCUCCCCGAAGCAGAUGGGCCAGACUACAGUUAUCUAAAAUCCUUAGUAGCGAGUAUGCGAGAAUCAUCUGAUAACAUGUCUGUACCAGAGGCUCUCUAUUCCAAACUAUCGUCUGUGAUUCAGAAUGAUAUUGGGAUCGAUUCGUCACUUGAUUUAGACGUUCAGAUCCCCCCUCUGGAGAACAUUAGGGCCUUUGUGCUGAUUUAUUACCAAUGCUUUCACCCGACCUAUCCGUUUAUACAAAAAAACUCCUCCGUCUGGCAAAUCUCAGACAACUGGAUCCUGUUACUGGCUGUAGCAACCACUGGCGCUCGAUAUGCUGGGAUUCAAGAUGGUGACAUAGCUGUCACGUCAUGGAUGCAAACUCAGUCAAAGUUGCGCACCGGCUUUAUGAUAUGGAACUUUCGGGUAGUCACGGUACUCGAGGCACUUCAUCUUCUUUACAUGGAAAAGCGGCAACCAUCCAACUUAACGGAGUUUGGAAACAUCGUCUUAAUAUACGCAGUGUGUGCGAGGACCAAGGAAGCAGCCUACCAGUAUGGAACGGCUUUGUCACGAUGGACUCCAGUUGCUCAUGUUGAGCCACGUAAGGAAUCUGUUUGCGUAACUGAAACGUGGCCACCAACUCUUGAAAUGGUCACAAGAUGGAGAAACAGUGCCUGCGACGCCUUUGAUAUCUUGCAUUGGAAAGCGAACGGCAAAGCGGCUAAUGCUGGUGGGACAGAGCACCCGACGAUUCUUCACCUCCACCUUUCCCGGUUAUAUAUCUUGACACCUACGAAGCAUUUCCAGAGGGUCGCUGCAUCUGCAGUCCUACGACAAAAUGGCAGCAAACUUCAGAACAAUAUGGAAUACUCGGAAGCGUGUAAUCACAUUCAACGUUGGGCCAACAUCGACCAGUAUAAGGCAAGACUGUCCAUAAUACAUGCUGGCGCUUUGUUGUGGCAUGUCCGUCGAUAUAGUAGCAACGACUUCAUAGAGCCCCACGCUAUUUACCUUGCUACCCUUUCGAUAUGGGCUUACAGCGUGUUCAAUACCCCUAGGACUGAGUCCCAGCAACAACGUGAUGAUGAAGUAUCAAGGUCGGUGCCAGCUUCUGGGGAUCGUGAAUCGCAGGGAUCGGUUGGAAAUAAUGAGGUAGAGAGCGAGGAGGAGCCAGAUCCGACGUUUAUUCAUCUUGAUCGACCUUGUGAUGAUGAAAUGGUUCAAGUAUACAUACGUCUAGGGCAUAAGAUGGCUGGCCACUUACACCGAGUUGGCAAUAUCUGCAGCCCCAAUGCUCCACCGAAGAUUCUCAAAGAAGGUAUAAGGAUGUUAUCACAUGCAAGAGCCAAAAACAAGGAAUGGGGGAUCGAAAUUUCCUAUGUUAUGGGUUUGACAAGUCUGUUACAUGGUACCACUGCACAAGAAAAUGGUCGUGCAAGCGGAACGCGUGUAUUCUAA